AUGGCGUUACACCUGUCUCUCCAGCGGUGAUCCUUCUUGUUGUCUGCGCAACAAACGAAAAUAAAACUUCUCCUAAUAAACUGGCGGCAUAGUCAAACAGCUGGAGUGAACUCCUUCGUCCAAAAUGUCCACAGAGGAGCUGUCAGCCUCGGACAGCGAGGCUGUCCUGGCCGGCGCAGGGGAGCGAUGGGCACCGGUGGGCGCUGUGGCCAGUCCCGAGGAUGAGAGCGGCAACAGGAGCGCUGGCCAGCCGAGGCAGAGAGGCUCGUCCUCUGUACCGGAGGAGGAAAUGGCCACCAAAAUGAAGAAGCUGGAAGAGGAGCAGGACCUGCUGAACUCCUCUCUGCUCGCCCUCACCUCCCACUUUGCUCAGGUUCAGUUCCGACUAAAGCAGAUAGUUCACGCCCAGAGCGAGGAGAAGGAGAGGAUGCUGGCCGAGCUGGAGGAGUUCGCCUUCAGAGGCUGUCCGCAUGUAGUGGGCUGCAGAGCUCAGGACGCAAAGCAGCUGGAGAACUCGACUGAGAGGGAGAAGAGGGAGCGCCUGGAGGCUCAGAGGGAAAAACAGAAGGAUCUCAUUUUCCAGCUGAAGACACAGCUGGACGAUCUGGAGCGCUUCGCCUAUCAGGAGGGCAGCUACGACUCGCUGCCGCAGUCUGUUGUCAUGGAGAGACAGAAGGUCAUCAUUGACGAGUUGAUCGAAAAGCUGGAUGUGAACCUGAACGAGGACAUCGGGAACUUGUCGCCGGAGGAGCUUAGACAGAGAGUCGACGCUGCCAUUGCUCAGAUAGUGAACCCAGCCAGAGUGAAGGAGCAGUUGGUGGAGCAGCUCAAAACCCAAAUCAGGGACCUUGAGAUGUUCAUUAACUUCAUCCAGGAUGAGGUGGGGAAUCCUCUUUUGUCAGAUGUUGGACACAGCCAGCAGCCACAAGCAGCAGGGACCAAUGCCAGAACUCCAGGGGAGAAGAGGAAAGUGGAUCCAGAACAGGCCCAGAAGAUGCGAGAGACCGGCCUGCAGCUGAUCCAGAAGGCCCUCGCCGUGCUGCAGAUCUUUGCUGCAAGCCAGUUUGGCUGCGCGGCCGGCCAUGUUCCCCAGAGCAUGUGGCCUCAGGAGUCUGCAGGACAGGACUAUGGGCCCCUGCUGCAGCGUCUGGAGGCAGCUGUAGAGAAGGUGCGAGUGCUGGGCUCACGCAGACAGCCCUCCCUCGAACAUGUCGUCAACUACACCAGCAACUCGGCCCUGGGCCCCCGAGAUGAGCUGACGUCGUCUGUGAGGAAGGAGCUGGCGAUUGCUCUGAAAGACUUGUUGGCUCACGGCCUCUUCUCGCCCUCUCAGACCAUGAGCCUAGUGCUGGCACCCAUCUCCUGCCUGCUGCCUUACAGACCAGCCCCACAGACCAUGCACCCAUGGGAACUCUUUGUCAAAUACUACCACUCCAAAAACGGGAAGGCCUUUGUGGAGUCACCAGCCCGCCAGCUUUCACAGUCCUUUAGCCUGCCUGUCGGGGGCGGCCCGGUGACCGUCACCCCUAAACAGUCUCUGCUGUGGGCCAUCCACACUGUGCUGAAGGAGCAUGGACGCUAUAAGCGAGGACCAGACACAGAGUUCAAAGCGCUGGUGUGCAUGGCUCUGAACGAGCAGCGGCUGGUGUCAUGGCUCAAUCUGCUGUGUAAGUCAGGGACUCUGAUACACCCGCACUACCAGUCCUGGAGCUACAUGGCCCAGACCGGCUUCGAAGGAGCCCUGCGCAUUCUGGGCCGCAUCAGCCACCUCAAAUUCAACCUCCCAGUGGACCUGGCUGUUCGGCAGCUGAAGAACAUUAAGGAUGCUUUCUGAGGAGGCAACAAAUCCAUGAAACAUAGAGAAACACCAGUCUAAAAAAAUCAAGUCUUUUAUCAGCUAAACUACACAGCUCUUACCUGCAUUCAGGACCAAAAGCAUGUCUUUGUGCUUCAAGUAGGUAACCUCUUAAAAGUUGUUUACGCAGCCACCCAUUUGAAGUAAAAUCGACAGUACAUGCAUGGAUGAUUAUGUUGUUUGAGCUUCAGCCAUGAGCAACCAUAAAUGGCAUAUCCCACUACGUUUAAGAUGCCAAAAUGACGAGAGGACAAUGUCACUUGUACUGUAACCCUGCCUUAGAGGGGAGAUUGAGAUAGAUACCUCAUCUUUAGUAAAGCCUUCCUGACCAUUACGACCUGUGCUCAUCAUACAGUAUCAUUCCCCUGUUUACGUGAUAGUUUCCUGGCCUAUGCAUCAAAGAAAGAGGUUGGAUUUGUACAGUAAUCUGAACUGUAACGUGGUUGCAAGUUAGACAAUCUAGGAAGAAAAUGAAUGAGCAGAGAAGAGCUUGUGAUGUAUUGGUCCUGGUGUUGGUGCUUGUGCUGCUCCAUUCUUCUGUCAUGGACUGAAUUAUUGAGGUGGUAAAUCCCAUGUAGCAGACUGGUUGAUCGUGAAGCUAAACAUCAGCACUCAGGUCAACUUGAAAUGAAGAACAUCUUAAAGUUUCCAUUGGGGUGUGAAGUUAAAGUGUUGUGUAACGUUGCCUACAAAUAUGCAGUUAUCAACUUACUUACAUUGCUCUCAACUCCAUUUUAAAUUUUUAAUCCUCUGAAGCUGUUAUCAGUUGUUGCAUGUUGCGUUUCAGGUGUGUGAACAGCAUUUAGACCCUGUAUGAACUGCUGCUUUUCUCCUGUUCCAGGUGGAGUUAAAAUCAAAAUGAACUGACAGUGAUAUUAUAUGACCACAAUUUAUGUCAUGAUGUAAUGGCUUACAUCCUGUAUUUAAUGCUGUAUUUAAAACGUUUACUUUUAUGUCCAGUUUGUUUUUCAGAGAAAUUAGAUUUUAUCUUCCUUAAACAGCUGAGUUGCACGAAUCAUGUCCUUAAAAACUGAAUGUACAAACCAUAGAUGCUAUUAAACUGAGGUUACUUUAUACGUGCUGUAUGUUUUCCUUCUGUUUAUGGGAAUGAAACUUCAGUGUUCCUGGGCCCACGUGUACAUGUACGUAUCAAACCAUUGAGAGCAGGCGUGCUGAUAAAAGCUCACUACAUUUGUAUUUCCUGAGAUAAAAACCUGAUUCCAUAUUGGCGCACUCUGUGACUUGCGUGCAUGUGCAUACACAUUUUGUCUUGUUUAUUUGUUUAUUAUUAACUUGUUCAUAUUAUUAUAUGUUAAUGGAAAUUUUGUGUUCUGUUCUGCGCUAUGUUUAGUACAUAUAAUGCUGUAUUUUGCUCACUUUUCCCAUUUUUGUUGUGUUUUGUUAAACUGUUACAUUGUGAUUUAUGUACAGAGACAUUUAUUAUUUAUUUGAUGGCAUGUUUUAGCUCAACACUGAAGUUUGUGGAACAUAUCAGAACACUAUGGUAGCUGCUGUACUGUAGCUGUAGAUACACUGGAUCAUUUAAAUUACGUUAAAUUCUAUUGAUGUUAUUUUUAUUUAAUCACUUUAAUGAAAAAUAAUCUCUUUUGGAGAUAUGAA